AUCAGGACCCUUCCAGAUCAGUCCUCCAUCACACCUCAUUUUAUUCAUCCUGACUCGUACCGAACAAAGUAGUACCGAAUCGUUUCAUUGUUCAUCAUGGCAGAACCUACUCCAGAACAAGUCGUCGACGCAUCAUCUGGACCAACGAAAAGCGAACUUAAGAAACGCGCCAAAGCUGCAGAAAAGGAGAAAAAGGCAGCUGAAAAGGCAGCGAAACAAAAACAACUAGCCAUGCAGAAAUCUGCGGCUGAAGUCGACUUUGCUACUGAGUUCUACGGACCUUUGCCCCUCAAUCAGUCGCAAUCGCGUCCCCGUAGACAAUAUGUUCAGAUAUCGACCUUUUCUUCGCGUGAUGGAGAGACUGUCUUGUUCAGAGCCCGCGUGCAGACGUCCCGUGCGCAAGGAAACAAGAUGGUUUUCCUAAACCUCCGCCAACGGACCGAUUCCGUCCAAGCCCUUGUGACUAUGACGCCAGAGAAGAUCUCCAAGCAGAUGAUUAAAUGGACGGCUGGCUUAGCUGACGAGAGUAUCGUGCUCGUCCAGGGUGUCGUCAAGAAGACUCCGGAGCUGAUCAAAAGUGCGAGCGUUGCAGAUGUCGAAGUGCAUUUGUUCCAGAUCCAUCUCGUUGCUGGUCUGGACGCCAGACUGCCUUUCUCUUUAGAUGACGCUUCUCGGGGUGAUGCUGAAGUAGAAGCAGCCGAAACACAGUUUAAUAAAGUUCUUCUGGAUACCCGGUUGAACAAUCGCGUACUCGAUCUUCGUACCCAAACAAAUCAGGCUGUAUUCAAGCUCCAGGCCGCAGUUGGGGAUCUCUUCCGUGAACAUCUUAGUGCCAAGGGAUUCAUAGAAAUCCACAGCCCUAAGCUGCAGGGUGCAGCGACGGAAUCGGGUGCAUCUGUGUUCAAAGUUAGCUACUUCAAGGGAAGCGCUUUCCUUGCACAAUCUCCUCAGCUUGCCAAGCAAAUGGCCAUUGCUGCUGACUUUGAGCGAGUAUACGAGAUUGGACCCGUGUUCCGAGCUGAAGACUCCAACACGCACCGGCAUAUGACAGAGUUCAUGGGUCUUGAUCUGGAAAUGACGAUCGAAGAGCACUACCACGAAGUUAUGGAACUUCUCGAUGGUCUUUUCUUGAGCAUCUUCAAGGGACUCCGGGAGAAAUACAAGAAUGAAAUUGACGUUGUUGGAAAGCAAUUCCCAGCCGAAGAAUUUAAAUGGAGAGAAGGCCCUGAAGGAACGCUGAAGCUGACUUUCAAGGAAGCUGUAGACCUUCUUGUUGCGGACGGCAUUUCGAGAGAUGUUUUGGACGAUAUUAACACCGAAAACGAGAAGCGACUCGGUCGGAUCGUCAAGUCAAAAUACGACACUGAUUACUACAUCAUUGAUAAGUUCCCGAUGGCACUGAGGCCUUUCUAUACCAUGCCUGACCCAGAAGACCCGACGCUUUCAAACUCCUAUGACUUCUUCAUGCGGGGAGAAGAGAUCCUUUCCGGGGCACAACGCAUCCACGAGCCGAACCUUCUAGCUGAGAAGAUGCGCAGCAAAGGUGUUGAUCCUGAAUCAAUGAAAGGCUAUGUCGAUGGAUUCCGGCUUGGGUGCGCGCCACACGGUGGAGGGGGUAUUGGUUUGGAACGGGUGCUGAUGUUGUUCUUGAAACUGAACAACAUCAGACGGGCUUCAUUAUUCCCGAGAGACCCGAAAAGGCUGGAGCCGUAGAGAAAACAACGGUAGAGAAGGAGAAGAAUUGUGCUUGGUUUCUGUAGAAAAUACCGGUGAAUUGUAACCAUGACUGUAUCAUUGAGCACAGUGACGUUGUCAUUAAAUGUUGUCACAUAUAAGAAGGACAUAUGCGGUACCAUAUUUUUAUCC